CCUACUAAUAUAUACUAUAGACAAAUGUAUGAUAAUCAUUAGCCUCGUGGUUGUUGCAGUAACCUCUAAUGCUGGUAAAAGUAAAACACAUAAUAGGAUAUAUCAUAUAUCUAAGAAAAUGAAGGAAGAGCCAAUGGAGGGUGUCGCUAACGAGGGCGAGAGCAGUGAGAGUAGUGACGAGUCUAUAGAGGACGGGAAUAUAAAUGGAAGCCAAAAGGAAACCAAAUCGCAAGUGUAUCUUCCAGGUCAAGCUCUGCAAGAAGGAGAGGAACUUACUGUGGAUGAUUCGGCAUACAAAUUGUUGCAUCAUGCACAAUCUGGAGCACCAUGCCUCAGCUUUGACGUGAUACCAGAUGAUUUGGGUAAUUCCAGAGAGAGUUAUCCCUUAAGUAUGUACAUAGUCGCUGGAACACAAGCUGGCAGGACACACAUCAAUAAUCUCCUUGUUAUGAAAAUGUCUAAUUUAUAUGGUAAUAAACAUUCUGGUGACUCAGAAAGUGAAUCAAGUGAUUCAGAAGAUGAAGAUAAGAGUAAGCCCGUCAUGAGUGUUGCUCCUAUUAAACAUCAAGGAUGUGUUAAUAGAGUGAGAUGUAGUAAAAUUGGUGGAGGAAUUCUAGCCGCCAGCUGGAGUGAACUGGGACGUGUAAAUAUCUGGAACUUGCAAGAACAGUUGAGCGCAGUUGAAAAUCCCAGCUUGCUGACUGCAUAUCGUAAUAAGUAUGAUAAAGGGAGUACAGACAUUAAGCCAUUGUACACAUUUAAAGGCCAUUUAUCUGAAGGAUUUGGCCUUGAUUGGAACUGCAUAGAGCCUGGCACUCUAGCAUCCGGUGAUUGCAAAGGUAACAUUCACGUAUGGCGAAUCGACGUCAGUGGCGCAUCCUGGCAUGUAGACCAAAGACCGUACAAUUCGCAUGCUCCACACAGCGUGGAAGAUUUGCAGUGGUCACCAAGUGAAAGGAACGUUCUGGCAUCAUGUUCCGUAGACAAAAGCAUAAAGAUUUGGGACAUACGAACAAGUCCACAGAAUGCAUGCGUGUUAACAGUGUCUGGUGCUCACACGGCUGAUAUCAAUGUUAUCUCGUGGAAUCAGAAAGAGAGCCAGUUUAUGAUAUCAGGCGGAGACGAUGGUAUGCUCUGCAUAUGGGAUUUGCGACAGUUUGGAUCUAAUGGUGCAAGUCCAGUUGCUACUUUUAAACAGCACACCGCGCCAAUUACUACCGUGGAAUGGCACCCCACAGACGCCACAGUGUUUGCUUCCGGCGGAGCUGAUGAUCAAAUCGCUCAGUGGGAUUUGUCGGUAGAAGCAGAUCACACAGGAGAACCUCAAGACAGAGUGUUAGCUAAGUUACCGCCACAACUACUGUUCAUACAUCAGGGUCAGUUAGAUAUCAAAGAGUUGCACUGGCACCCGCAAUGUCCAGGAACUAUAAUAUCGACCGCAAAUUCAGGAUUCGAUAUAUUCCGUACGAUUAGUGUCUAAUAAAAUACUGUACUCUCUAAGAGAGGUA